AUGAGAAAAUCCUUUCCUAGACUCGCGAAGACUCAAAAUCUUUCAAAGGCUGGAAGAACUCCAUUCAAAUUAAGCUAUGAAGUUUUAACUGGCCAAGCUACUGCAUCAAAGAUUACACAUGUUAAGAACGUGUGGAGCUCAAAGACGAAGGAGAGAGCAUUUUCGAAAUUCGGUUCCUUCUUCAAGAAACAGAAAAGUGCCCCAGACAUCGACCAUGUUCGCUCAAGGACAGCUGAGAAGAAUCGUGUUGCUAAGGCCAUACCGUCAGCACCGAUGAGCGUGAGGAGCGAGAUCACAAGUGUAUCUCGAUAUAAUACGAUUGAUGGAAUUCGAGAAGCUUUAUACCAGCAAAGUCUCAUUGACAAGAUCACGCCGACUUAUUUCGAUGUGAGGACGUUUAUACAACAGGUAAGGUCCACGUUAUGGGAGAUAAAAUUACGAUAA